AUGGAUGUCAGCUCCUUUACCCGCCUCCUCUACUCCUGGGUGAGUGAUCAUCGGCUGACGCGGGCCGACUCAUCCGCUGCUGAGCUCCGUGCUUGGUCGCCUCGAUCCUGGCUUGUAUGCCGGGUGUUUUGGGAUGCCAGAUUUUUCUUGCUUGGGCUGACAAUGUGCUGCAUCUGGGUGGAUCAACCGCAGACCCACCAAAUGGAGCUGUUGGACUCGGACAACCGCACCACCUCGGGGCGCUGCUUUACUCGUGAUACGCUCGUGCGUUGCCCUCCCCCACCCCUAUUCCCUUUCCUCGACUUGGCCGGUCUUGUGGUUCCUCGCUCUUUUUGCUUGCGCAUCGCUCCAGCUUACCUCACCCGUGCUGGGCUCCGCCCUGUCCAGAACAAGCUGGCAAACAAUCGCAACAUGUCAACAGAGAUUGUGCACGAUGUGAUUGAGUAUCUGAUUGAGCAUGGCAUCCUCUCCAUCGUCGAAACGACCGCCCAUGAGGAUGUUUAUCACUUUCGACAGCGACCCGGUCAAAUCAACUUUGGUGCCCUCCCUCCUUUUGCAGCCACGGUCCGGCCACCGCCAAGCGAUACGCAAAGCGAGAUCUCAGAGACCCGCUCCAAGGGCUCGUCUGUGCCACGCAGCUACGAUCAUCUGCUUGAUACACUCGUCGACAGUAUCCCCCACCAACACCAACACACGCCCAAACACAAGCGCAAGCGCCGCAAGGACCGCCGCCGCGAGAAAGAAGAGCAGCAUGAGAUGCGGGACCUGAACGAGCAGCUGAGUGCCUUACAGCUGCGGCCCUACGAGGUCUUGCGCCAGCGCAUGCGACACUUCAAGCCACGCCUGAGUGACCUUAAGUCUACAGAGAUUGGGCGAUGUCAGUAUCGGGUGUCGCAGUUGGCGUCGGAAAUUGCGGAGAGUCAAGCCCUGCUCGAAGCUUAUGAGCGACAAAUUGUCUCCAUCACACGUGAUAUUGAGACCAAGGAGCGGGAAAGAAGGGACUGGACCGUCUUCUUUGUGCGAGCCGGCACCAAGCCCUUGCACUGGCUUAUGACGGGGUUUCUCUUUGUGACGGCCUUUGUAACCCUGCUUGUGCGCGUCUGGAAGCGCCUCUCCUCCUCCCAACAAUACCUGACAGUGGGUCAGUUCUUUCUACUCUUUUAA